UCUGGUCACUCCCUUUUCAUGUAAAUGCCCAGAUAAGUGACGAACUUGCACAUACUGUACGAAUGUGACAACCUGUCAGAUGGACUCGGACUGAACUACAAGCGUGCUGAAAAACACUGCUAAUAAUGGACAACAGGAAUGCAAUAAACAAUGGCAACAACCAGGUUGCCCCCCCACUGCGGUUGCUAAUUGUGGGGCAGAAGCGGACAGGAAAGAGUUCAGUGGGCAACACAAUCCUGGGUAGGGAUGCAUUUAAUACAUGGGGUGGAGCAGACAGUGCUGUAGCACAUGGAGAAUCCGAGGGCCGACAGCUGAUGAUCGUGGAUGCUUGUGGAUGGGGCACAAAUGAGAACCUGGUGCCUAAACAGGAGAAACUGGAGUUAUUUAACGCCCUGUUGCUGUGCGAGCCCGGACCCCACAUUCUGCUACUAGUCAUACCCUUACUGUACUUUAGUCACUCUGAGAAAGCGGCCCUAAAGAAACGCAUGGAGAUCCUCACAGAGGGCGUGUGGCGCCACACCAUGGUUGUGUUCACCCUCGGGGACCGUCUGCACGACUACAGCAUACAGGACCACAUCCAGACAGCUGGGAAGGACCUCCAGUGGCUAAUGGAGAAGUGCAGGUAUAGGUACCACGUUCUUAACAACAAGAUGCCCCAGGAUAGACAGCAGGUCUCUGGGUUACUAGACCGUGCAGAAGACAUGCUGAUGGAGAACGGGGGAUGGCACUUCUCUCUUCACAUGUACUGCAGGCUGGAGGAGGAAUGGAGCCGGAGAGAGAGGGAAAUGAAAGAGAAGACACUAGACAGACAAGCUGGAGUGGGUGUGGUUCAGAAUCACUGUCAAAAAGGUGGUCUGCAUGUGAACGAUACUCUAGUGAAAUUAGUUAACCAUGGCUAACUGCUACACUUCAUUGUUCUGGCAUGAACUCAAAGUAAACUUCUGAACUGUAAAUAUGUUUCAGCAACAAAGAUUUUAAGUUCAAAUAUUUGUAUGUACACCUUUGUGCAACCGCUCACCAUUUCUCUUUAUUUAGUUCUCAUUUCAAUGUAAAUGUGACCAUUUGAACAACAUCACCUUUUUGAUUUCC